AGUUUAGUGCGCGCCAAUUCACCAAAGUCACCUGAACUAAAAAAUAAUAACAGUGUGAUAAUAACAUCCAUCCAUUUACUUACUUAUACUUAUCCAAUCCAAUCUAUUCGUUGUCCAUCGCGAUCCACAUCUAUAUUCAACAUCAACAACCAUACAUGAGUAACAACAAUUACCGCAGUUUUGUGGUGUUAUUUAAUUUUAUUUAUUUUUGUUUUUCAUAAAUAUUUUUGUUUGGUGAACUAAAAAAAUUUUUUUUUAAACUGUGUGUUUGUGUUUUUUAAUUUUUUUAAAAGAAGUUUGCUGGAAUUCAUGUAGUUGGAAUUUUGUAUUCGAUUAUUCUAUUCAACAAUUAAAAGAAAAAUAUGAUAACCGCGGAAGUGGCGACUGCGCCAAUAUCAACGGUGUCGCAGGAUUUACAAACACGCCGUCGUCAAUUCAAACCACAACAAAGUACAGUACAAACGAGACGUCAACAAGCGGUAUGUGUAAGGCGUGCAUACAAACGAUAUGGAUCCAAAAAUAAUCCAAAUGUCAUUUUGGAUGGACUCAAUAUGACCGUACCCAAAGGAACGAUAUAUGGAUUACUUGGUGCUAGUGGUUGUGGUAAAACAACAUUAUUAAGUUGUAUUGUUGGCAGAAAACGCUUAAAUUCUGGUGAAAUAUGGGUGUUGGGUGGUAAACCAGGAUCACGUGGCAGUGGUGUACCUGGACCACGUGUUGGAUAUAUGCCACAAGAAAUUGCUUUAUAUGGCGAAUUUUCAAUACGGGAAACGUUUAUUUAUUUUGGAUGGAUUGCUGGAAUGACUACAAAACAAGUUGAUGAAAAAUUAGAUUUCCUUGUUAAAUUUCUAAUGUUACCAACUGCAAGUCGGUUUAUUAAGAAUUUAAGUGGUGGUCAACAACGACGUGUCUCAUUUGCAGCAGCCUUACUUAAUGAUCCGGAAUUACUUAUUUUGGAUGAACCAACUGUUGGAGUGGAUCCUGUAUUACGACAAAAUAUUUGGGAUCAUUUAGUCAAUAUUACCAAAGGAGGAAGAACUACUGUUAUAAUUACAACACAUUACAUUGAUGAAACUCGGCAGGCACAUCUUAUUGGUUUAAUGCGUGGUGGUCAUUUCUUAGCUGAAGAAUCGCCAGACCAUUUAUUACAACAAUACGGAGCCCCGUCAUUAGAAGAUGUUUUCCUAAAAUUAAGUGUUAUACAAAAUAUGGGUAAACGAAGACGAUCUUCAAUAUUACAUGAAGUUACUGAAAAUAUUGUAGUGCCAUCGACAGCUGUUGAUAAUGUAAUAAUGGGUGAUGAAAUUGGUGAAAUAUCCGGAGAAUUUGGUGAUAAUGUAUCCAUAUCUAGUCGUGUUGGACGUAUUUCAAUAACACAUGAAAGUCCAGACCAUGCAGAGCUACCUCCAGACGAAGAACCACCAAUGACCUGCAUAGACUAUUUCAAAUUAGUAAAGGGGCGUCAUAUGAAAACAUUAAUAUGGAAAAAUUUCUUAUGGAUGUGGAGAAAUGUUGGUUUCCUAGCUUUCAUUCUUGGUUUACCGUUAUUACAAACAAUUUUAUUCUGUGUAUCGAUUGGUCAUGAUCCUACUGGACUCGGAGUAGCUGUUGCAAAUUAUGAAAAAGCAAAUGCAAGUGCACCAUGUAUUCCAUCAACGGGAUGUAAUCUGACUAUGUUAAGUUGUCGGUUUUUGCAUCAUUUGGAAAAGCGGAAAGUUGAGUUUACAAAUUUCGAAACAGAUGAAGAUGCUAGGAAUUAUGUGCGUCGAGGCAAAGCAUGGGUUGCAUUACGAUUUUCUGAUAAUUAUACAGCUUCUUUGAUAAAACGUGUUGAAGAUGGUCGAGAUGUUGAUGCAUAUACUAUGGAAUCAGCUGAACUGAAUGUUUGGGUUGAUAUGUCAAAUCAACAAAUUGCGGCUUUAUUAAUGCGAGAUAUGCAUUACAGUUUUUUCGAUUUCUUAGCUGAAAUGUCCGUAGAUUGUAAUUAUAGUGCAAAAAUAGCUAAAAUUCCAGUACGGAUAAAUGAGCCAGCUCCUGUAUACGGUGAUUUUGUCCCAAAUUUCACUGAUUUUGCAGCACCUGGAGUAAUUUUAACAAUCGUCUUCUUCUUAUCAGUGGCCGUAACAUCUGGUGCCAUGUUAAUUGAACGUAAUGAAGGGUUAUUAGAACGUUCACUUGUUUCUGGAAUAACUGGAACAGAAAUAUUAUUCUCACAUGUUGUGACGCAAUUCGUUUUAAUGAUUUGCCAAUGUACUCUAGUUCUGGUGUGUGCAUUUGGAGUAUUCCAUUUAACAAUGCGUGGUGAAUUAGUGUGGGUAACUACUUUAACAAUGUUAACUGGAUUAUGUGGAAUGUGUUUCGGUUUUGUUGUAUCUUGUGUAUGUGAAAACGAAAGAACAGCCACGUAUAUGGCGUUGGGUAGUUUCUUGCCAAUUGUUAUGUUAUGCGGAAUUAUUUGGCCAGUUGAAGGUAUGCAUAUAAUUUUACAAUGGAUAGCGUCUCUCUUGCCAUUAACAAAAUCAACAGAGAGUUUACGAACAAUGUUACAACGUGGUUGGGGAAUUACAAAUCCAAGUGUGUAUAAUGGAUUUACAUCAACAAUUGCAUGGAUUAUUGUCUUUUUAACAAUAAGUAUAUUAUGUAUUAAAUUCAAGAAAGGAUAAGUUCAAUUUUUAUAUUCCUUUAAUGUUAUAAUUAGUAUAAAUAAUUUUCUUAUCUAAAAAUAAAAUUAUGCAAUUUGAAUUAAAAUCUUUUUUUUGGAAACAGUAAUUCUUGCCAUUGAUUUGAGAUCAAGAAAACACUUAUUGUGAAUUAAUUUUUAAGGAUAUUUUUCAAUUUUUUUUAUAAGGCACAGUGGUGUAUUUCGUGUAAGAUUAAUUAUUUAGGCGGGAUUUUUCUGUUUAGAUCUUUAAUAGGAGUCUAAAUCUAAAAAAGAACAAAACUAACAUUUGAAGUAAAUAAUAAAUGAAUCGUUGCUCUAGACAUCAAAGGCGAAGAUAUUUAACGCAAUAAGGUGUAAUCGAGUAAAUGAAGCAUCAAAACCUAUAAAAUUAUUAAUUUCACAUUAAACGCUCAGGAAAGUGCACGAACGAAAAGAUAAUAUUUAUUAGUUCAACACGUUGGGGAAUAUUAAAAAUGCUAUUAAAGUGAGAUAGGGAAGAACAAUGUAUGGUAAAAAUAAAGCCCUAUCUGUGCCUAGAGUAAGAAUUUUCUAGCUCUAUAUCAUCUAAUAAAGUUAAUGGAAAUUCAUUUUUGUCAUACCUCGUUGUCCUUCUCUUUCUCCCAGUUUCAGCCACACGUCACUCAUUUUCGAAAUAACUUUUCAGUAUUUCCCAACGUUGUUCAAGCGUAAAACGAUACAUUUUCUAAUAACGGGCAUUAUAACUAUCCAUUGUUACAUAAUCCAAAUGCUCUAGUUUUCUCAGUUUGGAAAUAACUCUCACUUUAAAAAGUUAUCAAUUGAUAAA